AGGAUAGACACUUGACUGAGUCACAGUCAAGUGUCGUCUCUAAUGAGGUGAGACUGAGCGUCUUCUCCGAACACUCGCAAUUGUUUCAGUGUCCAUGUCUCGCUCUCGAACGCCGAUCUAGACAAUCUUCAACCUCUCUCUCACUCACUCCAAUAUUAUGGACCGAAGACGAACCGAUAGCCCUGUUUAUGCUCGCCAAUGGAGUAGCGAGUCCAACUCCACCAUCGGAAACUCCUCUCCGGUAAUGUCACCGUCGCGUAAUCACCAUGUUCGCUCCUCCUCAUCCUCCGGGAUCUCCAACAUCAAGCGCACUCAGAACUUCGCCGCCAAAGCAGCCGCCCAGCGCCUUGCUCAGGUCAUGGCUUCCCAGACGGCCGAUGACGACGACGACGACGACGACGGUGACCUAGGAUUUCGAUACAGUGCCCCGCCACCGCUCGCUCUCGCUAGGAACGUCAACAAUGGUGCUAAAUCUUCGAUUCCGCCUUCGAAGACAACUCGAUCUCCUUCUCCAGCGUUGGCUCGGACCUUUGUAGAAGAAACUACAUCUGUACGAUCCACCUCAACUGGAAGGACGUCAGUUCGUACAGCCAUUGCACCCAUGGUACCCCCAAAAACAUCUCUAAGGACUGCCGUUUCUAUGCCACCAUUGGAGCCUCCUGUCAACAACAGUAAGCAUAGAGAAAAUAGAUUUUUUUCAGAAACAGGAUCCUACAGCUCGAAAGAUUCUGGAGAUCAGCGUGGGGCAUCUGUACUUCGUGAUGAACUUGAUAUGCUGCAAGAAGAGAAUGAAAAUGUUCUUGACAAGCUUAGAACUGAGGAAGAAAAAUGUGAGGAAGCAGAGGCCAGGGUUCGGGAACUUGAAAAACAGGUUGCUGCUCUGGGAGAAGGCGUAUCCUUGGAAGCUAAACUUUUGAGCAGAAAGGAAGCAGCAUUGCGUCAAAGAGAGGCUGCGCUGAAGGAUGCAAAACAGUCAAAGGGUGGAGUAGAUAAGGAAAUUUCUUCCCUGCGUUCUGAACUCGGGAAUGCAAAAGAUGCAAAGGAAGCAAUUGUACAACAGCUUAAUGGAGCUGAAUCUGAAGUAAAAGCUCUUCGAUCAAUGACACAAAGAAUGAUAUUGACUCAGAAAGAAAUGGAAGAAGUAGUUCUCAAGAGAUGUUGGCUUGCUCGCUAUUGGGGCUUAGCGUCAAAAUAUGGUAUAUGUGCAGAUAUUGCUGUGACAAAGUAUGAACAUUGGUCUUCAUUAGCUCCUCUUCCAUUUGAGAUCGUUGUUUCUGCCGGACAAAAAGCCAAGGAGGAAAGUCGAGAAAAAGGUGGUGAUGAUCCUGAGAAGAGAAGCAAACUUGUUCAGGACUUAAAUGAUCUAACUGGAGAAGGAAACAUUGAGAGCAUGCUUUCAGUUGAAAUGGGAUUGAAGGAACUUGCUUCCUUAAAGGUUGAGGAUGGUAUUGUGCUUGCAUUGGCCCAGCAGCGUCGCCCAAACUCUGCUCGACUAUCCAUUUCAGUUUCAGAUUUCAAAUCACCUGGUGAUCCAAAGUUCAUGGAGGCAAUUGAGUUGAGCCCAGAGGAGUCAGAGGAUGUUCUUUUCAAGGAGGCAUGGCUUACAUAUUUUUGGAGAAGGGCCCAAGUUCAUGGUAUAGAGCAGGACAUCGCCAAAGAAAGACUUCAGUUUUGGAUAAACCGCAGUGCGCACUCACCGACCUCGCACGAUGCAGUUGAUGUUGAGCAGGGUUUAAUGGAGCUCAGGAAAUUGGGGAUUGAGCACCGACUCUGGGAAGCAUCUCGCAAAGAAAUCGAUCAGGAAUCUUCCACUUCUACUGCUGCACGAAAAUCUACUGUCCAAUGACGACCUUUGGCUUUGCUCAAUCAUCAGUCGCAUUCUCAUGUGUAAUUCUUUUCUUUCUGGCAUUUGUUUAUAGCGUGUUUGCCUAAUCACCACGUUACUACCCAUCAAGGGCCUCUUAUUAUACGCAGAGAAAGUACUACGAAGAAAAUGUUUUUUUUUUUAUUUUUUAUAAAUUAAUACUAAUUAUUAUAAAUAGUACUCGUCAUGUUGAUUGAGAAUGUGGCUCAUAUACGAUGUGUGUCGUUUAUUUUAGUUCUCUACUAAUUUAUGUCACUUUUAUCUCAAGUAGGUGGUGUAAAUCGCUUUAUCUCAAGUGAUGCUCACACUAUACAAAAUCGAUUUUGAUGUAAAACCACAUAUGGUUUUCUUAGACUUCUCCGACUGCGAUUGGAAUUUAAAACGACACAUACAUAUUUUUAUAA